CAUCUCGCUCUCUUUUCUCCAGCUAGCAGCUACACUACAUCCUCAUCCACAGCCCACCAUGCCCUCCACAUCGUCUCUCUCCCACUCCUCCACCGGUGCCACCCCCACCCACAACUCGACAGACGACGCAGACGCCUUUGUCAACCCCAGUGCCCCCCAGUGCUGCCACUGCGGCUGGAGGGGAAGCCACUCCCCAAGCUGCCCCUUCCGUAGCGGAUGAUUCAACCCACCCUCACCUUGUAUUUAUUCCGUGCUCAAUCGAGCUUAUGUUACUCGUCGUCGCUCAUGUUGUCACGAUUAAUCCCAUCGAUCGCAUUGUUUUGUCGCACUGUACCACCAUACAACAUAUCCCCGCGUGCUUCCAUGCAUGCUAUUACUGCUGCACGGACUCGACCACAUCGGGUUCCCUGUCACCCACUGUACGCUGUCCGGAGAGGAGGAAGAGGAGGAGGAGGAGCAGACGUUAAUGGGCCGUAGUGCCGGCGGAGGGAGAUCUUGGGCGCACACUAGUUACCGCGCAGAUAUUUGGGAAGCACUGCUCUGUCUUUGUAUUGUCUACUAUGAUCACAGCAUUAUCGUCAUCAUUCGUCAUUGCUCUCUGUGCU